GAGGCCCCGCCCACUCGCUGCAUUCCUCUUCCAGAACGCAGCCUGACAGGAACCGAGCGGCUCCGAAGUGCGAACUUCUUGACCGACCUUUCGGCCUCUCAACAACCGGGACGACAUCGACGGUUCUCCGGACUGCGAGGCUUGAAGAUCGCCGUGUCAUUCCGCCAUGGUGGAGCGAGGCGCGGAUGGAGUGGAGUUUCCCUGAGUUUGGAGUCCUGGGCCCGGCGCUUCCCUCUCCCUCACUCCCUAACAGCCUGGAACAAGUUCUCGCCCAGCACUUCUCGCCUGCCUCUUCGCCUCUGGCCGUGUCACACCUCAGAACAGCGACCGCGGUGAUCGCAGACCAAUGACCGCUUGCUUUAAGGUCCAGCUCCCCCGCCGCCGUGAUUUCGGACCGUCCUGUAGCCGGUAGAGUCCACAGACAUGAGCGGGCAGCCGCCGCAGCAGAGGCGGCCCACCAACGUCGGCUCCAUCCUGCUCACCAGUCAAGAAAAUGACAUGCUCUACAACCACCUGGGCAAAAAAUGCACUGCUCUGUCCUCGGCAGUGGUGCAGGUGUACUCAGCGGACAGGAACGCCUCCUGGACGAAGCGAUGCUGCGGCGUGGCCUGCCUGGUGAAAGACAACCCUCAGAGAUCUUACUUCAUCAGGGUGUACGACAUCAAGGCAGGCAAAUCCCUGUUUGAGCAGGAAUUCUACGCAGACUUCAGCGUGAAGUAUCCCAGGUCCUACUUCAUGACGUUCGCUGGAGACACGUGUCAGAUCGGCCUCAACUUUGCCAGUGAGGAAGAAGCCAAGCGUUUCAAAGUGGUGUCUGACGGCCUGUUGGAGAAACGACAAAGGAAAACGGAAAAAAGGCGUGAUCCACCAAAUGGACCCACUUUACCGAUGGCCACGGUGGACAUCAAGAACCCCGAGAUCAACAACCUUCGCUACAACAACAACGUUCAAGUCAACAGCAACCUGCACAGCAACUUCAGGAAAGACAAGUCCAAGGGCAAAAACAAGAAGAAGAAGAUCUCCAAGGCUGAAAUUGGCACACCCAGCAAUUUCCGGCAUAUUGGGCACGUGGGCUGGGAUCCUAACACGGGAUUUGACCUUAAUAACCUGGACCCCGAGCUGAAGAAACUCUUUGACAUGUGCGGCAUUUCAGAGGCCCAGCUGAAGGACAAGGAGACGUCGAAGGUCAUCUACGACUUCAUCGAGAAGAAAGGAGGAGUGGAGGCUGUGAAGGAUGAGCUGAGGAGACAAGCUCCUCCUCCUCCUCCUCCCUCCAGAGGUGGCCCGCCUCCUCCUCCCCCUCCACACAGCUCAGGGCCCCCUCCCCCUCCCCCACCUGCUCGGGGCAGAGGAGCACCACCCCCGCCCCCUCCUGCUAGAGCCCCCUCCUCUGCGCCUCCUCCUCCACCUCCUUCCAGACCCGGGAUGGGAGUCCCACCGCCGCCGCCCCCAAGCAGAGGACACCAGGCAGUUCCUCCGCCUCCUCCUCCUGCGUCAGCCUCCAUAGCCCCACAGGCUCCGCCUCCUCCACCUCCUGCAACCUCUGCAGGAGGAGCACCGCCGCCUCCCCCACCUCCCCCACCUCCAGGACCCCCUCCACCUGCACCUCCUCCUCUCCCAGGGGACUCAGGGGAUGGUCUGCCCUCUCUGGGGGGCGGCAAGUCUGCUCUCCUGGAGCAGAUCCGAGAGGGGGCGCCACUGAAGAAAGUGGACCAAGGGAACAAACCGCCGGCGAACAGCGGCGGACGAGAUGCACUCUUAGACCAAAUACGGCAGGGGAUCCAGCUCAAAACUGUGCCUGAUGCAGUAGAAACAUCCCCACCCCCUCCUGUCCCCUCUGCGGGAAUUGUGGGAGCUCUGAUGGAGGUGAUGCAGAAGAGGAGCAAAGCAAUCCACUCUUCAGAAGACGAUGACGACGACGAUGACGUUGAGGACUUUGAAGAAGAAGACGAAUGGGAUGACUAACGACACUACACCCCCCACCCCCACCGCCCUUCGGCUCCAAUUAAGACACUAAAAUAGUUCCUGUCUCUCUGAAUCUUCCUCAGAUUAUAAUGUAAAUGUUCAGCUGAUUUUGCUGUAUAUUUGUUGCCUUUAAGCUUUUUUUAUUAAUCUGUGCAAUACCUCAUUUCAUCUGUAAAGGUUCGUUUUUUUCUUCUCUGUAAAGUUUUUUUUUUUCUCGUUCUCUUGGAUUAACGUGCAAUUUUACGUCAAGUUUUCUUGAUUUGUAGAGUUGAAUGUCUGUUUUUUCCAUUAUUCAUUGAAGGGAGGAACAAAGCUGAACGAUCUUAAUACUGAAACUAUCGAAAAGCGCCAGAACACUAUUUUUUCAUACCUUCCUCUUCUGUAACUGACCUCUUUCUUACUCAAAUCCUAGUUUAGCGCCAUUAUUUUCUUAUAGAAUCAGCUUUUUUGGCGUGCUUGGCCCCCGCGGCUGAUUUGUAAAUUUACUCAGAGUUUAAGUCGGUUAUAUUUUUGCACGAACUGAAAGGAAACAGAGCAAUAUCGUGGUGGCUUUUGCAGAAAAAAAGAAAAAAAACCAAGAAUGAAGCUCAGACAUGCUUUAGGAUUCACUACAGCGCCCUGAUGGGUUUUAUCAGCCGGAGGUGGAGGAGAAAUAUUGGCAUGUAUUUUAUUUCCGGCGUUCGGAAAGCGGAUGGGUUAUUCUCAGUCCGUGUCGGAGCGUCAGACAUUCCUGCCGUACAGAGCCCUCAUUCACGCUACUAAUGGAAGAUGAGCUGUGGGAGACGCUUUACUAACCUCCUCGUAGAGAAGCCAGGCGGACGUCACCGCUGUUAACUGCAGGGGAAGCGCGUCGGCGGGAGCGCCGCACAUGUAGUCGCAGAAAUAUACUGUUUUUAUCACUGCUGGAUUAUUAAGCCAGUCUGUGGAAACUUAAUAAUUCUUUUAAUGCUUUUUUUCUUUUUCAACUGGGGGUUAGAUUUGCAUCAGGACAGCGAAACAUUGGGAAUUAGGUUAAUGAAACUGUAAACUCCAAUAAAUGUUAUUUCCAGAA